CACAAAACCAUACCACACAGUUUCUCUCACACCGAGUGUGCACUGACACCUGAUCUGGGGUCACUUUAAAGGACAAGGAGAAAGCAUAUGAUUCAAGAAAGAACAAUUGCAAAAGUUAGAUAGAUAGAAGAGGUUUGAGUGGACUAUAUGAGCUCUGUAUUGUUUUCUCUGAGAAAAAAGGACAACAUGCGAGUCUUCCUCCUCCUCUUCCUCAGUGAGAUCUUGCUGCUGAGACUGACCUCCGCAACCACCAUAAAAGAGCAAAGACAAAACAUGAGGGUGCGUAUCAGCGCAGUUGGAGACACCAUUGUAUUGAAGUUCAUCCGGCCCCAUGCGGACACCAAACUGGAGGGAUAUAUCCUGGGCUAUGGCAGCAGUAUGUUCUCUAAACAAUUUAUCCAGCUACCUGAAGAUGGACAACCCUAUGAGACUGAGAUAGAUGCCGAACCUAAAUAUCUUGUUGCAGUACAGUCGAAGUUUCCUGAGGAACCUAAGAAAAAGUGUGCUAGAAAAGUAGAUCUAGACAAACCACUGAACGUUGUGAUUGGCUCAGUAACGGAGUCGUCAGUGCUGCUGUCCUGGGGGACACUACUGACCAGCCCCUUCAUGGAUACCGUUGUGGAAGACUGUUUUGAAGAAGGUCAGUUCACAGUGCGCUAUAGAGAGAAGGAACCCAGCAACACCUGGAACUACCAGACCUGUCCAUCCACCAGCACGGUCAUCGACAACCUCAAACCAGAUGCUUUGUAUGAGUUUACAGUCCGAGCAGACACUGACACCAACAGUGGAGUCUGGAGUCCACCAGUCGUCCAUAACACAGCUGAUCAAAUAAUAGAGCCUAAAGAACUAAACCAGGCGAAACCUAAGAAUCCAGUUUUAGCAAGCCAGGAAUCAUUGCCACCAGAGCCAGUCUUAAACAACAUUAACCAGACCAGAACAGCUCCUCUAUUCAGAUACCCUAGCCUUCCAAAGCCAAGCAAAACAUCAGUUUCAUCAACAUGGACAGUUCCUGACAAUCCACCUACCUCAACUGAGGCCCUUCUUUCCUCUCAGACAUCUAUAAUUCUGCCCACUCCAAAGACCACAAACACAGUUCAACCUCAAAACCUCUCCAGCCAUCCCAGUACAACCCAUGCAGAUCUUCUGCCAGAGCAACAUACUAGCAUAACCUCACAACAACCUACAACAUCUCAGCCACCACCUUCCAGUACGCAACAACAAACAAGCACAACCCAAACACCAUCCACUACAAUCCAACAAUAUACCAGCAAAAUGCAGACCACGGUCAAAGAUCAACCAAAUACAGCGCAACAGCUUCUAAUUACAGCCCUACAACAGAUUAGAGAAACAUCUACUCCAAAUCCACCUACAACCAAACCACCAAUUCAACAAACCCAACGACUCACCACAAACACUAUAACUCAAGAAACUGUCCAUAGAAGAAAAAUACAGCCCAGCACCAAGCUACAUCGACUGAGCACAACCCAACGUUCACAAGGCACGUCCAAACACCAAACCACUCAAACUUAUUUUCCAGAAACCACAUCUCACUACCAAUCCAGCACCAUCACACAUCCUGAACAGCCAAACACCAAACCACCACCAACAACACAGGAUUGGUCCACAAAUAGCCAUUCACUGACAAAGACAGCUUUGACUUCACCCACCACUUUGACAAAUAUUGUCUUAGUAACAGACCAACAAACAGAUAUCUUAGUAUCGCAGCUGAAAACCGAUGUUAGCAAACAUCCGGUGUUUAGCUCUAAUCCACCCAUCCCUGAAGAAUAUUCUACAUCUCAUAUUCCCAAAACUAAAAAUCCACCUAUUACUGAGAACAUACAGAAACUGACUCCACAUCCUAUAUAUCUACCCACAACCUUUUGGUACCAGCCCAGUCCCAGCACCAUAACUAAGCAUUCCAGCACCACUAAAAAGCAAGCUAGUACUGCUAAAUACAACCCCAAAACGGAUUCCCAAGUUGAAAAUCAACCACCUACCCCUGAAGAAUGGUUGCCAGAUACCCCAAUACUAAACAUCACACCUCAAACAACUUUCACCAAAUCCGAUGCCUUACAAAACACACCUGCGACGGAGAGGGUAACAGUGGGGACGAGUCAUCCAAGUCGACCAGCGGCUACUUCCCAGCCAAAGGACGAACAGCUACUGUCACAGCCAACACUUACAAAUGAGGUGGCCAAUAGGAAUGAGGGCAGAGGUAUCUUUCGCAACUCUUCUUCUGUGUCCCACCUCCUGGCACGAAAUGUUACACAGAGAUUAACACCUAAUGGUCGUGUCCCUUCAGUUCAUCAUACAAGGUUUUUCAGGCCAUCCUCUGGAUAUCGUAACUCAACAGGCAACAAGAAAAAGGGUAUAAAAGUGCCCCAUGGUGAGCAACAUCAAAGGCUUUUGGGGUCCAAAUUUCCAAAGGGAAUCAGAGAGCAACUGGAAAAUACAAAGCUGAACCAGGUCUCAGAGACUAAAGAAAAGGAAAACAUUAUUGAUCUGAAGCAGAUGGACCCAGUACCAGAUUUAAAACCUCUAGCUCCACCCACUACUGAAAGACCAGCCAAACAACGGCCACCAUCGACAACAACACCACAAUCUCUUUUUGAGGGGAGUCGUUUUGACACUGGUGACAACUCCUCUGUAUUCAGUUCUCAUCCCCUCUCUGAGGUAGAUGCCACAGGAAAGAAACGUUUCGUAGGGCCUCAUGUGAUCUAUAGAACCGACAAACGUCCGGAGGAACCAUGCUCUGUCACUAACUCUCUCAGCUUCUUCCCUGAUGAGGAGAUCGGAUACUUGAAUGUCACUGGCCCACCCAAGACCCCUCCAUCCAACCUUACUGUGGUCACAGUGGAAGGAUGCCCCUCCUUCAUCAUCCUUGACUGGGACAAAACAGACAACGAGACCACAGAAUAUGAGGUAGUUUCCUCCACCAAAGGUCCGCAUGGUGAGGAGGUCUCUGUCCAAACAACAAAUCAAACACAUACUGCUGUGGAAAACCUGAAACCAGAGAGCAGUUAUGAGUUCAAAGUUACACCCAAGAAUGAGCUUGGUUCAGGCCCAGCCAGUGAACCUGUCACCUUCAGUACUGAGUCAGCUGAUCCUCGUGUGAGUGAGAUCCAAACCGGUAAAAAUGCCAUCUGGUCAUCGUUUCCAUUCAAGUCUGACUCAUACUCCGAGUGCAACGGGCAGCAGUUCAUAAAGCGGACCUGGUACCGCAAGUUUGUGGGUAUCCAGUUGUGCAACUCUCUUAGAUACAAGAUCUACCUGAGCGACUCUCUCAAAGGGAAGUUUUACAGCAUAGGAGAUCAGACUGGGUAUGGAGAGGAUCACUGCCAGUUUGUUGACUCGUUCCUGGACGGACGAACCGGUGGUCCUCUUCAACCACAUCAGUUACCACCCAGAAAAGGCUUUUACCGGGCCAUGCGCCAAGAGCCUGUCAAGUUUGGGGACAUCGGAGGAAAUUCCAUGAUCAACUACGUGGCCUGGUAUGAGUGUGGGAUUCCCAUUCCUGGGAAGUGGUAGGAUCCUGAGGAGCAGAUGGAAGACGUGACAGAUAAGAAACAUCCGCUCCUGAAGGAAAACAGCCUUUUCUAUGGGAUGUUUGUAUAGAGAGUGAUUUAACGGGAGUGUUUAUCUGAAUUUUCGGGUAUCGGGCACAUACAGAUUUAUUUAUAUACUGAAGUAGUGCAGCAAACGUACAGAGAGCUAAAUCAGUUUUAUUGUUGAGAUUUAACUUUUGAGAAUAUAGGGAAGCAGGCUCCCUUAAAGGCGAAAUGAAUGUGUAUAUUAUUUAUCAAAAUGUUAAAUAUGCCAGUGAAACGAAAAUGACCACGGCCGACUUAAAGGAACGUUCCAGGUUCAAAACAGGUUUUGUAGACAGCAUCUAGAACAUUACAGAAAAAUAUCUUUACUAACAAGUUAUAUUUGUAUUAUAUAAAUGUAUGUAUAAUAUAAAUAUAUUUAUAUAAUUAUAAAAAUGUCACUUAUGCUUUGCUUUUUACAAAAAAAAAAAGUGAUUUUUGCACGUUUUCUCUGUCAGCGGUCCUUUUUUGGACUUUGCAAGUACUGUGCAAACGUUACCAGGUUUACGGGCUUUAUAUGGUCAUACACUAGUCUCAUGUGAAUAUCCUAAUUAAAUGUUUUGGCUUCACGAAAUACUGUGUAUUUUAAGCUUUAUCCGGGUGCAGUGCUUUGCCCCAUUUUCAUUGGAGGUGCUUUAUUCUGACCAUUUUUUUCCAAAUAGAGUCAAAUGAUUUUUCUGUCAAUAUGUCACAGAUGCUGUUAACAUACUUAUGUACUAAGCUUGAAACAUUCCUUUAACAGCUCAAGCGCAAUGUUAAACAAGAAAUUUAAAGACUAGGUCAUAUAAACUAUUGUUCAAGACAUGCAGCUUUUCAAGUAAUUGUUGUAAUUAUACUAUGUAUGAAUGUCAGAAAUGCAACAUCUCUUUAACAAGGAAGUCUAUUGUUUUGUACAGAAGUUCAGUGACUCAUGAUUUCCAGAGAAAGCUUUUAAAUGCCAGAUUUUAUGUAACAUGUUUUUACAUUGAAACUUUGAUAUAUUUUAUAAGGUUUAUAAUGAAUCCGCGUUACCAAUAAAAGCACAAGCAGUUUAUUUUACGAUCUUCUUUUUUGGUGGCUACAGUUUAAAAUUGUUCGAGUCUGACAUGAAAAUAUACAUUUUUUCAUGUUGUUUUUUUGCAAUCCUGAUCAGUUAAAAAAAAAGACCCAAAACAAGAGAUAAAUGUUAAAUCCAUGAACAAAGAUGAUUCAGUCUCAAAGUCUUUAUUCACCUCCUGAAAACAAUGUUACAGUUUAUACAGAAAUGACAGGCUUCACUGCAGAGGGCCAGUCAGGGGUUAGUAAAAACCAGGACAUUGGAAAAAGUAAAGAAAACAAGUAAAGAAAACUAAACAAAUAUCACUUACUUUGAUUAUGAUAAUUUUCUAGUGUUUAAACAGACUCAUGGUUUAUGACAAAAUAACACCAAUGAGGAGACCGUGAUAAAAUAAAAUGCACGCGCACACACACACAG